AACUCGAUUUUAGUAGUCUUACAUUAACUCAAGCUAAACGAAAGCAAGUUGAACUACAAGUGAAAAUUAUUGAAUUAGAAACCUCAUUAACCAAUGAACGACAACGAUUAGCUCAAUUAAGAAGAGAUAAUUAUCAGUUAUCAGCUGAAGUAGAGUUGGUCAACGAUAGAUCUUGA